AUGUUGAAUCAACUGGCAUGAUAUUGAAUUAAUCCAAGUUAUAUCACCAAGAAGGGCCUCCGUGUGCUCUGGAAACAUGUUGGCCUAUAUCAGGGCACGUCUGUCUCUCUGAAAACUAUUGUUACACGCUGACUUUGCAUUUAAAAGCAAUACUAAAGCAUCUAAAACUGCUCAAAACUGCUCAGUCCGUGUCAGCAUAACUAAAUUGAGAUGUUGGUGCAACAAAUUCCGCCCUCUAGUGGUGUCACCCUAGUUUUUCCCAAACUUGCGAGGUCCUUCGUACCUCCAUACAUCAGUUCAAUUUCAGGCAGUCAGUAAUACUCGUAAUUAUACUACCGUUUCCUUCCGACAUGCUAUACAAUUGCUACAGUUAUGUAAUUUUUCGUGCCUGACAGACAAACUCAGGAGGAAAAUGGCCAGAACCCACCCGCCUUACGUCCUCAUACUCAGCCAAUGACAGCACAACUACGAGGGGCACGUGUUCGUUGGCUGGACCAAUUGUAACCCCGCUGUGGCUCGUUGCUAAGAGACGCGUUGUGUCCAUGUUGCUGAGGCACAAGGAAGAAAAUCUAGACGCAUAGAUAGCUUAAAACAGCAGUACACUUUACUUUGGCGUCAUCGGUGAAACGGGAGAAUUUACUUAGGGUGUGUCGCAGUUGUACGCUUUCAUGGUAAAACUGAGGGCGAGGUGUCUGCUUGUCGGAGAUGCUGCAGUGGGGAAAAGUGCCCUUUCUCAUAUAUUCUACAGUGAUGGCACACUCUUCCAGAAGAACUACAGCAUGACAACAGGAGUGGAGCUGUUGAUGAAAUGUGUCAACAUCCCAGAGACGAAGGACAGUGUGGAGCUCUACAUCGUAGACUCUGCAGGGAAGGAGACAUUAGUGGAAGCCUGUGAGAAAAUGUGGGGUGAACCCUCACUGAUGUGCCUGGUUUUUGACCUGACCAGUGAGCAGUCUUUUGCCAACUGCAGCCGCUGGAUGGAGAGAGUCCGUGCCCACUGCCAGGGUCUCCAAAUUCCAGGUGUCUUGGUGGGCAACAAGUCAGACCUGUCUGCUAGAAGGGAGGUACAGGCAUCUGUGGCCAAAGAAUGGGCCCAGAGCCAGGGAUUGGAGUACCAUGAGACGUCGGCUAAGGAGAUGGAAAACUGUGACGCACCUCUUCUCAGUUUAGCCCGGGCCUUUCACUCUCUGUACCAAGAGCGCCGUGAAACCAUCCAAAACCUUAAUCCAGGCUAGACCCCUCCCUCCCACUCACACACACAAACCUUGACCUUUCACCAAUGGGACAUCAGGCAAAAGAUUUCAUUCAGAGAAUUUUUAGACUGAUGGCUGUCAAAGCUUUAGAUAGAUAAUACUACAUGUAAAAAACAAACAAAAUAACUUUUUUCUAUUGUACCACCCAAACUAUAGAACAAGUCUAAAAAUUACAUGUGGAAUAAUAUUUUUAUAUAACCACGAAUAAAGUUGUCUUUGUGGCAUAAUCAGCA